UGCUGAGAUGUCACCAUAUUUGGUGGCCUUUAGAAUUCUUUAAGCUUUAUUAGUUGCUCUGCUUCUCGCUCACGCAACCCAUUUUGUAUAUCUGAAGUGGGAAGCUAUUCUGGACCUGUGAGUUACGGUGAGGAAGAGAGAGAUCUAGAUCUUUGGCAGGGAGGAACUGAAGCUUCAACCUCUCUCCAACAAUGGCUUCCAAGGUGUUAAUGAUCACUGUCUUUGUAUUUGAUCUUAUUGCUUUUGGUUUAGCCGUUGGUGCUGAGCAGAGAAGAAGUACUGCCAAGAUCCAAAUGGAUGAGGAACAGACCUACAGCUACUGUGUCUAUGACUCUGACAUUUCAACUGGUUUUGGUGUGGGUGCCUUCCUGUUUCUAAUGGCUAGUCAAGUUCUAAUCAUGGUGGCCAGCCGCUGCUUCUGCUUUGGAAAGGCUUUGAGCCCCGGAGGUUCACGGGCUUGUGCAGUUCUCCUAUUCAUUAUCUGCUGGGUGACAUUCUUCAUUGCGGAGGUAUGUCUGCUGGCUGGUUCAGUGAGGAAUGCUUAUCACACCAAGUACAGAUCAUCGUACCUAAUCAACGACCAACCGGUAUCCUGCGAGACAGUUAGAAAGGGGGUGUUUGGAGCAGGAGCAGCUUUUGUGUUCUUCACUGCCAUAGUCUCGGAGUUCUACUAUGUUUCCUACUCCAAAGCCAGAGGAAGUGUUGGACCUUACGUUGGAGAAGCCAGUGUGGGCAUGGCUGCCUACAAAUGAGCUUUUUUACUGUGUCAUCAUUAUACAACAUUUUGAUUGAAACUUUAGUUGGAGAAACAUUGUUAAUAAUACUUUUUUUUUUUUUUUGUUUCUUUAAUGCUGUAUGUGGCAUAAAUUUACCUUGUAAGUUGCGUUUGAUAUGUGUACAUGUAUGUAAUACGAGCCAGAAUGUUGUUUGGUUCCUAUGGGACAUAUACGGCAUCAUUUUGCUAAUUUCAAGAUCUAAUUGAGUGUUUGUCUGG